GUUUGCUGCUGGUUCCUGAAUUACACAGCCCGUGUUCGAGAAGCUCCACGUGUUUCUAGACCUGCCGUGGAGAACUGAGUACCUUAAACAUUUCUCCACUUCUUAACGGAACUGCACAUGCACCGGCUCCCAGACCUCGAUCACAAAUGUAGUAGCACUCCUGCUCAUUCCUUACAGGACUGGAAGGACCAGAAGUUUCCUCAAGUUUGCCAUAAUUAUGCAGGCGCCUUGUGGAUUCGUAAUUAAGGGUUCCGUAUUUUGUAUUUUGCACCUGGAUAUUGUAUUUUAUUUUCACUUUCUGGGGUUACGUGAGCCAUGUGUACAACCAGAAGAUCUCCGAGGAGGAGGGUAUAUGGCUAAACAUGCAGCAUGUAGCUUUUUCUGUCAGAGGAGCAGAUGUUCGCGACUGACACCACCGAGAAAUAAAAGCCCACAGCUAAAUGCGACAAUGAGAAAUAUUUAUUGUCAUAGUGGUGCAGUGCUUGAAAUGCAAGGUGCGCAAACGUACAGUAUUUAGCAUUUAAGGCAGCCAGUUGUAGAAAACUUGUCCGGUAUGUAGCUCUCAUUCUGUAGCGUUAGCGCUGUAGUAGGGCUGAGAAUCGAUCCCAAAAAACGAUUCUCCGAUUCCAGACAUUUGAGAAUCAAGAGUCGACCCCACAGCUUUGGAUUCGAUUCCACAUUGUAACGUUGAAAAUUGCCCGUGUGAAUAAGACUAAGACCGUGAAUUAAGAUAAUCAUUUCUGUGUGAAAUCAACUCCAUCGACCGGAAUCGCAGUGAGAGUCGACUCCAGAAUCUCUGGAAUCGAACAGCCCUACCCAGAAACCAGUUAUUCCACCCGCCGCGCAUGCGCAGAUCCCGGCGCGGUGUGGCGCAGGGCAGGAUGAAUGGUGAACUCGAAGAUGGCUACUGAGAGAAUAUUACAGGAAAUGAACGAAAUAAAAACUCAGUUCACGCAGGGCAUCUAUUAACGCUUUCCCAACUCUGAAUACAGUCAUCCUAAUCAGAGUGUCUUUGACUUCAUGGGGUCCAGCCCAGUUAAAGUAUCUUUUGUCAACAUCAAGGAUCAGUCUAGCAACAGCGUAGAAACAUGCUUCAGUGUCCUGGUAGGCCGAGAAUCAUAAUUCUAUAGGUACAAAGGGGUGGGAAAAUUAAUUGGGAUUAACCCAGUUAUGCCCGUGAGCCUCUGAAAAGGUUUCAAAGGUUAAAAGAGGUUUGAUUUUGAUGAAGCAGAAGUCUUCAAAUUAUAGGAAUUUAUGAUUUCAAUGACUGCUCCUGCAGCCUGGAUCAGCAGAGUAACUCUCAGACCAGUUGAGUGCAUGCGGGU